AUGCAUAGGCGCAGCAGAUUGGGUGCUGGGACGCUGUCCCUCCUUCGCUGGGUUCUAACGUUUGCCAUUGGGGCAAUCACCCUCGGAGCCCUCUUGGUCGUCCACCUCUUCCCCUUAUCAGAGGGGAUGGACGCGUCCGGUGGCCAGAGGCGCCCCAAGGUGGUCUUCUACGACGUCUUUUCUCGUGUAUUCAUAGCUUGGUCUCUCAAUGCUCUAUCUUCUCUUCUGUUUUCUGUUUGAAUAUUUCUGUUCAGAGAGCUCUUUCCAGGAUUUUUCUGUGUUUUUAUCCUCUUGUUUACUUCUUACUCUCGUCUCCAGACACUAAGGUGCAUGAUUUCAGUUUUAGAUUUCUUUUGUUUAAGGACUAUGGAUCAUUAAGUCGUCCUAGCCUCUAUGCUGUUUCUAUUCUAUUAUUUUUAGUUCCCAUAAAGCUAUUGGCAGAGUCGCUGUUUUUUGUCGCACUACUCUCGUAUAUCUGACUAGUUUGUGUCAACUUUUCCUCGACAUGAUAUAAUCUGUAUUCCAGCUUUCUAGAAUCGUCAUAGCUUGUCCUUCUCACUGCGAAUUCACUGUAUCUGAUUAUAUGCUCUUAAAAAUGUUUGAAAUCUCGAUGUUCUGAUACCAUGGUGUGAUCGAACAGCAACAUGAGAUUGGGUACUACGGACGGAGUGGCGAGCUUAGGUGGACACAAGAAUUCGCUCCACCUCAACUCUCAAAAUCUGUCGCAUCUUUGGAGAAGGUCACCUAAUCUAUUUGUCUUGCACUUAUUUGAUUUGACUUGCAAUCGAUUCAUCUACGGUUUUCGGUGUUUUUAUUUUAUUUUUUAAAUAAUAUUAUGAAAUUUAGUUUGUGUUUUAAAUAGUGCAUAGUUCGUCUUUUCUGUGUUUUUUCUUAUUCUUCUUAUAUUAGCAGGUUGAUGAUGUGAACGAUUUUUCUAAAUUGGAGAAGCUUUGGGUUCAGCCAUCUCGUCGAAAUCUUGUGCCUUGUUUGGAGCCUAGCUCAACAUAUACGUGUAAAGAGAUUUGCAUUAUUCGUGUCCUUUAAGUUUUCUCCUCUCCUUUCAUCUGCAAAUGCCUUCAACCUUAUGUAAAUUCAAGUGAUUUGUUCUUUCAGUUCCUCCUGAGACACGGGGCUACUUGCUUGUUCACACCAAUGGUGGGCUUAACCAGAUGCGAGCUGGGGUAAAGUUUCUAUGCCUCCAUUUCAUUCUCCUUCAUUUUUUGAUGAGCUAUUUCCUUCCAAAUUAAAUGUCAGGACGCAAGGAUAAUAAAACGCUUACUUGUGUCCUUGGAUCUUCUGCCUGACAGGAAAAGGCUUUUUAUGCAUGGUCGUUGAUUUUUCUCCUUUUCUUUGGUAAAUGAGGGACACAAGCAGUUCAAGAUCAACCUUUGUGAAAGAAAUAUAAAUUUUUUGCACUGUCUUAAACUUUAUCCCAGAAAAAAGAUCGUACAUGUUUUCCAUCCUUGGCAUAAUCUUUUAAUGAUGAAGGUAUAGCAUUUUUAGGUUUCCAUUGAAACCAAUGUGUUUUGAUUCGGAAAGUAUGAGAUAUAUUAGACCAAUUGUAAUCCACCAAUGGUUCUAGAAGGUAUGAUGCGGCAAGAACAUUUAUUAAAAUAGACUCAAGUACGAACAGCGAAGUAUCAACAAAUUUUAACUCUCCCUGUAGAAAGUUUCCUUGUGGUGUCCAUCCACAAAGGACAUGAUUGAAAGAAGGCAUCUUCUAGUGGAGUGCACAUUGUCGUCUCCCUCUGUUGCUGUUAAAACUUAAUGUGGAAACCACAUGCGCCCACACAAAGAAAUAGGAAAGAAAACAACUGACCUUUGAACCUCGUUUUGUAGAACAUUGUCGAGGAGAAGUAAUUUCUGUGUGGAAAGUAUUAAAGUGGACAAAAAACUUCAUGCAGAUAACUACUGAGUGAGAAGAAAUGUUAGGAAUGUUUGAUCCAUUUUAAAAUCAUCUCUCGUUUGCCUUACCCUUUAUUCAACAUUUAUACUGGUAUCAGACAAUAUGUUUAGUUAGUGGCUCUGUUGCUCACCUUUGGACUAGGCCAAUCGAGCUAGAUUAGAAUUCUUUGAUUCAUUUGCUGCCUUGAUCUUCUUCUAGUGUCUCUUUUAUGUGAAAAUUCCAGUUUAUUUCCUUAAUGCUCAUUUCAUCCCAUUUUGUUCAUUUUUUUUACCACGUAAGGGCUAAUGUCAAAAUCUUAGUUCACGUUAGGCCAUUCUGGGGCUUAUGUUGAUUGGUUCUCUCAUUGGAGUUUUGAUAUAGUUUCUUCUGCUACUCACAAAACACUUGCAAUGGUGUUUGUAAACAUGGUAAACUGAUAGUUUUUCUUUUGUUUAAUUCACAGAUAUCUGACAUGGUAGCAAUUGCUCGAAUCAUAAAUGCCACUCUUGUCGUUCCUGAACUUGAUAAGAGAUCCUUUUGGCGAGAUUUCAGGUAAAGUAGCUAUAUUUUGUGAUUUCCUUUCUCUUCCUUGAAGAUGUCAUGGAUAUUAUAAAAGAGAAAAUCUAAAGCUCCCAUUAUAUGCAGCAACUUCUCAGAUGUCUUUGAUGAAGGACACUUUGUACAUUCAUUGGAGAAGGACAUUAAAAUCAUCAAGAAGCUGCCAAAAAAAUUGGCUACGGGUACCAAAGCUGUUAAAUACUUCAGGAGCUGGUCAACACAUGAGUACUACCAAGAUGAGAUAUCUCCAUUGUGGAAUGAUUAUCAGGUACGUGUCUCCUAGAUAAACUUUUCAUUUUUUUAGCCAAAUGCUGCCUUUUUUGUAUUUUUUUCACCGUAUACUUGUACUUGUCCAGGUCAUUCGAGCUGCGAAAUCUGAUUCUCGACUUGCCAACAAUAAUUUGCCUAUAGAUAUUCAGAAGCUCCGAUGUCGUGCCUUUUAUGAGGCACUUCAGUUUGCCCCUCAUAUUAAAGCAUUUGGAAAUGUACUAGUCAACUUUUGGCAACAUACUUAUUUAUGUAUGGUAAAUUGGUUAUGUUUCAUAAUUUUCUUUUCAUUAAGCUUCCAUGGGGCACUGUACUUGCAGUUAUUGGUCAAGAGAAUGAGGUCAUAUGGUCGUUAUAUUGCCUUGCAUCUGCGCUAUGAGAAGGACAUGCUUGCCUUCAGUGGGUGUACAUACGGCUUGUCUCCUGAGGAAGCUGAUGAGCUAACCAAGAUCAGGUGUGUUGUGUUCAACUUGGAGUCAAUAUGGCUCUGAUUUCCAUGGGAAAAUUACUUUCUUUUGCCUUCCUUUCUCAUCAAUCACGGAAAACUGCUCACUUCUGUUCCCAAUGUGUUUAUUCUUCAGAGAGAACACUGCUCAUUGGAUAGUAAAGGAUAUUGAUCCCAUCGAACAAAGAGCAAAAGGAUAUUGCCCACUGACACCCAAGGAGGUUGGGAUAUUUCUUUCAGGCCUUGGUUAUCCCUCAAAUACUCCCAUAUAUGUUGCAGCGGGAGAGAUAUAUGGGGGUAAUGCUCAUAUGGCUGAUCUCCAUGGGCACUUUCCUAUGUUAAUGAACAAGGUGCAUGAUUCGUUCUCUUGUGGUCUUUGAUCCUCUCUGAGAUAUCAUGUAGGACAUUUUAAAAGUCUGUCUCCUUUGAAUCUCACUUCUCAUGUUCAUGGUUUUUUUUUUCCUUUAUAUGUUUCAGUAGUGUUUAACCUAUACAAUACUUGUAGUUAUGAACUUUUCAAAGGUGAGUGAUCUAGAACUGUGCAUAUAUGUACUUUUCGGAAUAUUUUUAGUAGGUGCUGUAUAGGAAUAGGAGAUGGAAAAUUGAUAAAAGAAGCUAUGCUGUGCAUGCAUAAUCUUUUAAUAUUGUUGAACAUUGUAUAGAAAAAACAACAGCAUGCUGGUACUGGUUCUCAGUGUUUAAAGUAGAAUAUCAGAGAACUUUUGAUGAAAUCAGUCAUUCCACCCACUGUAUCAUCAGUUAAUCUACGUCAAGGAAAGCAGAACAUCCGGAUACGAUGGUCGUCGUGUGUAUUUUUGUCCCAUUAUAGGUGUCAAUUCAUGAAACAAAGCGAAACCUGCUUUGUGUUUGAGGAGAAAUGGUUUGACUUUUGACUUUAGUGGAUGACACGAGAACAAUAAUUUAAGAGAUACAAGGGAAAAUCGUUCUAGCAAAGCAGGUAAACAGAUUUUUUGCACCUUAUAGACAAAAGGUGCUGGGAAAAGGAGCCGUGGAAUUUUCUUAUUGGAAUUAGAAGAUUGUUAUUUUUCGUGACGAAAUGCUUUCAAUUUCCAUGUCAGUUUCCAUGCUGUUUCUCAUGCGAGUAAUUCAUAUUGAUGAGUACUAGUUUGCCUUGCUGAGAGUGGACAUUAGGUAGAAACGCGGAUGUCAGAUUCGUCAUUGCAUUUAGUCAAAAGUGAAGUUUGGGAGAUUGUGAGAUGUAAGCUAUUGUCGUGAUGGUUCUGGCCGACCCAAAGCAUCAGCAGUUCCCUAGUCUUCAAAAGUUUGGUGCUAUCAGUGGUCUUGAGCGUAUUUGAAGUACGGAUCCACAUUGUUGAUCGUCUACCCCUGGAGAUUAGUUUACUACAGAAAAUCUUAAAGUGAUGUGUCCCUAGGUAACCCCAGCAUAUGAGAUACACAUUGAUGGAUCUGUUGCUUGUUAUUGAAGAGCUACACAGAUCCACUCUUUUUCGCCAUACUAUCAUGUCCUCAGUUAGGGACUAUGUGGUACAUUGAUUCUGCACUUGCCAUACUAUCAAUGUGGUACAUUGAUCCAGUUUUCGUUGUUAUGUUGUGGGUACACUCCCAACUACAUGUAAGUAUAUAUUGAAUAAAUGUCUCCAGGCAUUGAUCAUUUUGUCCAUUUUCUUCUUCAUCAAUUUAUUUGUCGUGUCAGGAAAAGUUAGCAUCACCUGAGGAACUGAAACCAUUUACGCGGUUUGCAUCUCAAAUGGCCGCUCUUGACUACAUCGUUUCAGUUGAGAGUGAUGUCUUUGUGCCCUCAUACUCGGGUAACAUGGCAAGGGCAGUUGCCGGCCACCGUCGUUUCCUUGGUCACCGGAAGACAAUUAUUCCGGACAGGUUAGCUGGUCAUAAUCUUUUCGCUCGAGUCCAUCCCUGAUUAUCGUCUCUUAAAGGGAAAGGCAUCUCAUAGAAUCCUCUGUAAUCUUGUCUAAACACCCCCGUCCCUCCCCAGAAAAGCCCUUGUUAGUUUGUUUGAUAAAAUUGAAAGAGGGAAGCUCCAGGAGGGGCAGAAGCUAUCAAAUCUAAUUGUGGGCAUCCACAGGAAGAGGUGCAGGAAUUUCUUUCAUCCCUAUUUUUAUUUUGUUUUCUCCUUUAUGAUUGGUCAUGGAAGAUUACUUACUGGUGCUCUCCCUGGGCAGGCAAGGAUCACCACGGAAGAGAAAGGGUCCUAUCUCUGGGACAAAGGGCAAAGAGAGGUUUCGCUCUGAGGAGGCAUUCUAUGAGAACCCUCUGCCAGAGUGUCUAUGCGCGAGGGAUAUGCCUAUUGCAAACAGCUCACGCGCAUUACUCAUACGUUGA